AUGGAGGAAUACAAUUACAAAACUUCUAAUACUCCUUUCUCUUCUUCUUCUUCUUCAAGGGUCUCUCCUUCUCUUCCAAGUGGGAGUGCUGUUCAAGGUCCUUGUGGCGCCUGCAAGGUUCUUCGUCGCCGAUGCACUAAGAGUUGUCUUCUUGCUCCAUAUUUUCCACCAACCGAACCAAUGAAGUUCAUCAAUGCCCAUAAAAUCUAUGGAGCUAGCAACAUCGUCAAGUGCUUGCAGGAACUUCCCGAGUCCAAGAGAGCAGAUGCUGUAAGCAGCAUGGUUUACGAAGCAAAUGCAAGAAUUCGUGAUCCAGUUUACGGUUGUGCUGGUGCAAUUAGUCAUCUUCAGAAACGGCUUAAUGAUGUGCAAGCAGAAUUGGCAAUGGCACAAGCUGAGAUACUUAUCAUGCAGAGCCAGCAGCAGCAACAACAACAACAACAAAAUGAUAAUACAAGUUUCUUGGACAACAGGAAUUUAGGCUUGGACUGGGAAACAGAUCAUUGGGAACAAAAAUAA